GCUGAUGAGAAUCGUUGGUUGCAAUCAUAAACAACAUGGCGUCUGAGAAGCCAGGUGCGUUCACUGACAGCAUGAUGUUUCCAACUGUGCCAUCUUUACUUGACUCGUCAGUGAAGGUUGUGGUACUGAAUCUAGACAGUGGAAGCGACCUGGAAAGUCUGCCUCUCCACAUCAAAGACAAAUGUCUGACUCUGAUGUGCAAGCGAGGGAUCAUAUCAGACUCUAACAUCAGAGCUGUUCUUCAUAACAGGUUGCAGAAGCUGGACCUCAGCGAGUCUGAAGUCACAGAUGCUGGUCUUGCAAAUCUUUCAAAGUGUCCUCAACUCAAGAAGAUUGAUCUAAACUCUAUCAAAGAAUCAAGAACAGCUGUCACAACACAAGGCAUCACAGCCCUUUCCCAGUACUGUCAUCAACUUCAAGUGGUGUACGUGCGUCGCUGUGUUAACCUGACAGAUGAUGCUCUCAUUGCCCUGUCUCAGAACUGUCCGCAACUGAGGGACCUCAAUAUAGGAGGCUGUCCUAACAUCACAGACAGGACCCUCACAGCACUUGGACAGUAUUCCCAUUUUCUGAAAUCUCUCAACUUUUCAAGAGCCAAUAUCACAGAUAACGGAGUCUUCAAUCUUGUGAAUGGAGCCUGUGCCAAAACAUUGAAGGAAAUCCACAUGGAUCACUGCAAGCACCUGACAGAUGAGUCUGUGGAGGCCAUCACUCAGUUCUGUCCUCAGAUCAACAUCCUGAUCUUCCACGGUUGUCCACUCAUCACUGAACAAGCCAGGAUGGCCCUUGAAGAACUCACUGUUGGGAGGACCUCUCAGAUGAAACAUGUGACAUGGACGAUAUACUGACCGCUGUCACAGGUCGUGAUGUUGCUGAUCGAUUGACUGUCACAGCUCCUGAUGUUGCUGAUAGAUUGACUGUCACAGGUCCUGAUGUUGCUGAUCGAUUGACUGUCACAGGUCCUGAUGUUGCUGAUCAAUUGACUGUCACAGGUCCUGAUGUUGCUGAAUGAUUGACUAUCACAGGUCCCGAUGUUGCUGAUCGAUUGACUGUCACAGGUCCUGAUGUUGCUGAUCGAUUGACUGUCACAGCUCCUGUUGUUGCUGAUCGAUUGACUGUCACAGGUCCUGAUGUUGCUGAUCAAUUGACUGUCACAGGUCCUGAUGUUGCUGAAUGAUUGACUAUCACAGGUCCCGAUGUUGCUGAUCGAUUGACUGUCACAGGUCCUGAUGUUGCUGAUCGAUUGACUGUCACAGCUCCUGUUGUUGCUGAUCGAUUGACUGUCACAGCUCCUGAUGUUGCUGAUCGAUUGACUGUCACAGCUCCUGAUGUUGCUGAUCGAUUGACUGUCACAGGUCCUGAUGUUGCUGAUCGAUUGACUGUCACAGGUCCUGAUGUUGCUGAACGAUUGACUAUCACAGGUCCCGAUGUUGCUAAUCGAUUGACUGUCACAGGUCCUGAUGUUGCUGAUUGAUUGACUGUCACAGCUCCUGAUGUUGCUGAGCGAUUGACUGUCACAGCUCCUGAUGUUUCUGAUCGAUUGACUGUCACAGCUCCUGAUGUUGCUGAGCGAUUGACUGUCACAGGUCCCGAUGUUGCUGAUCGAUUGACUGUCACAGCUCCUGAUGUUGCUGAUCGAUUGACUGUCACAGCUCCUUACAACUCAUGACAGCUUCAUGAGAUAUAUGGAUGGUUUUAAACCCUCAGAGAAAUCUGUCAUUUUGACAGUUAAUCUAUUAUAUAAAAUAUUUAGUUUUCUAUUGUACUAUAGUUUUGCCUGGAAUUACUGCAUGGCGAUAUUCCAACUUGGUGAAGUUCCUGUUAUUGACAUCCAUGUUCUGAAAGUAUGUUCAGUUCUUAAUUUUCCAAUAGGGUUAACUUAUAAACCCCCUUCUUAGCUUUCAGCUAAAUUUCAUUGGAUGCUAAUUGUUUAUUGUUGAAAUGUUGAAAACAAAUGGUUUGUUUCAUGAUCCUGAUUAUAUGUACUAAAGUAUAUUCACUGUU